UUCAUCCUGUGGUGAUACUUUUGCUUUGAAAGGACGUCCGUGUUCCGUGUGCUUCAGGCGUAAUAUCACUACAAGGGCAGUUCGGGCUACUUAACCUCAGCAAGCGUUUCCUUUACUGUCGUAAUUAGUCUACAGGUGUCGCCAUGCGGGGUGCCUAUCUCCUGAUAACCACGCUGCUGCUCCUCCUGGCCAUUCCUGUCUCCAGGGGACGUUACAAUGACGAGUUUGACGACGGGGAGGACCUGGCUGACUUUGAUGACAAUGACUUCGCUGAGUUUGAGGACAUGAACGAGGACGAUGCCGCAGCUGAGGCGGAAACGGCCCCCCCGCCACGCGCCUCCCAGUCCUCGCAGCCUGAAGAAGAUGAAGAUGAAGAUGAAGCCACGGUGGAGCUGGAGGAUGGCCAGGAUUUUGAAGACCCAGACACACAGGAACAAGACACGUACAAAUUUGACCUAGAAGAGUUUGAGGGGGUUGGAGACAUGGAGAACAGCCGUUCCAUGAAGGACCCUCUUAUAAUCCACACAGUUCCUGCACACCUUCAGAACAGCUGGGAAAGUUACUACAUGGAGAUCCUGAUGGUGACCGGUUUAUUGGCCUACAUCAUGAACUACAUCAUUGGCAAGAACAAAAACAGUCGCCUCGCUCAGGCCUGGUUCAACUCGCACAGAGAGCUUUUAGAGAGCAACUUUGCACUAGUGGGUGAUGAUGGCACCAGUAAAGAGGCAGUGAGCACCGGGAAGCUGAAUCAGGAAAACGAGCACAUCUACAACUUGUGGUGCUCUGGACGUGUGUGCUGUGAAGGCAUGCUGAUCCAGCUCAAAUUUCUGAAGAGGCAGGACCUGCUCAACGUUUUGGCCAGGAUGAUGAGGCCCGCCUGUGACCAAGUGCAAAUCAAAGUGACUCUCAAUGACGAGGACAUGGAUACUUUUGUGUUUGCUGUGGGCACCAAGAAGGCCAUGGCCCGGCUCCAGAAGGAGAUGCAGGACUUGAGUGAGUUCUGCGGCGAUAAGCCGAAGUCUGGGGCCAAGUAUGGCCUCCCAGACUCCCUGGCUAUUCUUAGUGAGAUGGGCGAGGUCACAGAUGGGGUGAUGGACAACAAGAUGGUGCACUAUAUCACCAACCACGCUGACAAGAUUGAGUCCAUCCAUUUCUCGGACCAAUUUUCUGGUCCAAAAGUUAUGCAAGAGGAGGGUCAGCCCUUAAAGCUGCCUGAGACCAAGAAGACGCUGCUGUUUACAUUUAAUGUGCCUGGAAUGGGCAACACCUCUCCCAAAGACAUGGACACUCUGCUUCCUCUCAUGAACAUGGUGAUCUACAGCAUUGAUAAAGUCAAGAAGCUGCGUCUCAACAGAGAGGGCAAACAAAAAGCUGACAGAAACCGGGCCCGUGUGGAGGAGAACUUCCUGAAGCAGACUCACGCUCAGCGUCAGGAGGCGGCUCAGACCCGGCGGGAGGAGAAGAAGAGAGCGGAGAAGGAGAGGAUCAUGAAUGAGGAGGACCCUGAGAGACAACGUCGACUGGAGGAAGCUGCCCAGCGUCGUGAGCAGAAGAAGAUUGAGAAGAAGCAGAUGAAGAUGAAGCAGAUCAAAGUCAAAGCCAUGUGAGAGAUCACCACAGUGACAGUGGGAGACAAGCACACAUGAAAGCAGUGCACCGCUCAGUUUUCCUCCAUCUUCUCUCGCCGCAGUCCACAGCUCCGGAUCACAGGCGCUCACAGCUCCACACACAUGUCCUGUGCCUCUGGGUGUGUCAAGCUUAGCCGUUUGUGUCACCACCUGCUCCAUUUAACAUGGUCGAACCUCAAUGAGUGAAAUCUAUCACUAUUUGGGGAUUUGUCCUCAAAAUGAAUCAAAGUUCUAUCUGAAAAUAGUACUAUCUUGCUGAGCUUUUUAACCUAAUUCGCUGGUAAAAAUAAAACACACUAUUUGGUGGUACUGAGCCACAUUUUAAGGGAAUGAAAGCAAUGUUGCAGUUUCAUUGAAAUUAUAUUAGCAUUGAGCUUUAAUAUAAUCUUAAAUGAUAUUAUCAAUACAUUUUUAAUUAAUAUAUGUUACGAGAAUGGUUUCUUGCAGGUUGUUUCUAAUCAUUAUCUGAGCAAACCUAAUAAAAUGCACUGGAAUCUGGAAAA